UCAGUGCUGAAUAGCGCGCGAGGAGAUUUCGCGGCUGUUGGCAUUCAUUACAUUACAUUACAUCCGGAACGCCGAUAAAGUAUGUAUCGGGCCUUAAGUAAAAGCAGCAUUAUCUGUUGUACAUUUUUUAUGCAAAUGCAUUUUAUUUUGCAUUCCAAUGUACAGAAAAUAGAUACGAGGCGAGUCGUUAUCCCUCAUUAAACAGCAACUGGGAAAAUGCAUGCAAGGGGAUAAAUAUCCAGUAACUAAUAACGACUGAUUGAUUAUUCAUGACAAUAUUUUGAUGUCAUGUUUGUUCUUCUCGGAGGCGUAGCAGCGCAUUCAGUUUUUAUAGUCGCUGUAAAAAGGCUACGAUAACAUGGAAAAGAAUUUACUUACGUGCAGAACAGACAUUGUUGGAUUUAUUUUUAUUUUCCUUGGGAUUAAUCAUUGUUAUUCAGAAGCAGAUACUUUGGAAAGGGAACGUUUUGCAUCUACAUUCAAAAUAGAAAAGGUAUCUCAUAUCCCUCAAACCGAUGCAACGGUGAUUCUACAUCAUGAAAAGUCAUUGGUAUCGUGCGUUUAUCAUUGUCAAAGUCUUAAACUGGCAUCGGCUUACUUUAAUGAGGAUAACUCCACAUGCUAUUGUAGUACUGAUGAUGACGUCAAUAUAGAUAAUUAUGAGAAUGUGGACGCAGACAUAACCCAUGGAAUAAGAACGGAAAUGAUGUCAAUAACUUACAUUCAAGAAGGCAGUCAAAAAGUAAAAAGAACACAUAAAUACCCAGAGCCCUUUGAUUGCCUUGCUCUUUACCAACAAGGCUAUACCGAGGACGGUGUCUAUGUUAUUAAACCAACCGGAAGUACUGCAACUGAUGUGUGGUGUGAUAUGACCAAUGGUGGAUGGACGGUUAUACAACGCCGGCAAGACGGAUCGGAAGAUUUCUACAGAAAUUGGGAGGAAUACAAACAAGGAUUUGGGAACAGGAGUGGCGAGUAUUGGCUCGGGCUUGAAAAUAUUCAUCAUUUGACAAGUAACGACAGUUCCCUGCACGUAUACAUGGAAACCUUCCCAAAUGACAAUAAGAAUCCGUUUUCUGCUUUUGCUGAAUAUUCCGCCUUUAAGAUUAAUGACGAGAGUGAUGAAUACAGAUUGACGGUUGGGGGAUAUAAUGGGUCGUGCGCCGAUUCCAUGUUGAAUCACAACAAUUGCCAAUUUACAACAAAAGACAAUGAUAAUGAUAGUAAUGGUGGAAAUUGUGCAGUGGCAUACAGUGGAGCUUGGUGGUACAAAGAUUGUCAUAACGUGAAUCUUAAUGGAUAUUACCUAAACGGGGCAAACCCUGAAUUUGGUCGGGGUAUUAUUUGGUACGGCUGCUGGGGUCAUUAUUACUCUCUCAAGAAAUCUGUAAUGAAGAUCAGGAGAAACAAUUAAAGCUUAAUCCAUUUUAUUUGAAUGAUUUAACUUGAUCAUUUAGUGAUUCGUAAAUAGAAAAAAACAGACUACAUGUGUUCCCAAAACACGCUCGUAUAACACCGCAAUAUAUUUAUCCAUAAAUGUACAUCAUUUUUUGAAUAUGUGUAAGCUCUACGUAAGUCUACAAGAAAAUAGUAAAACUCGUGACAAUCAAUAUAACAAACAACAUGAACAAAGGCAUAAGCAAAAAUUACUUCAUUGGAUCUCCUGAAAAAAAGCUUAAACACAAAUAGAGUGGAUUUCGUAAAAGUAAAAAAACUUGACCAUCAUGCUUGAACAAUUUCAUCAAUCCAGUAUGUGGUAUCCUCCGAAAUGAUGCCAUUUCGGUAUCCUCCGAAAUGUUCCCAUUGCGGUGUUCUCCGAAAUGUUCCCGUUACGGUAUCCUCCGAAAUGUUCCCAUUUGGAUAUUCUCCGAAAUGUUCCUAUUGCGGUAUCCUCCAAAAUAUCUCCUUUGUGAUACUAGUAUCCUCCGAAAUGUUCCCAUUGUGAUAUCCUCCGUAAUGUUCCCAUAAUAUGAACAGAAACCAGAGAUUGUUUCUCAUUUAUUGGAAAAGGGCUUCAGCUUUUUUCAUUUUUGUAAAAACAAUCUCUAAAAUUUCCAAUUUAGGAAGAAUAAGACUGGUGUAAGUUCAGGUUUUGGGGAAAACUGCAUGAUUUUAAAGAAAUCUUCAAUUGGGGAGAGGCCUUUUAUAUGCCUCAGUUAUGUAAGAUGAAAAAUCACUAGAAAGAGUUGCUAUUGACGGUGAAUCGUAAUAAGAAGAGGCAAGUUUUUGUGUUUUAGGGGUGUUGUUGGGUUUUAUAUGGCACCAACACAGUAAAGGUCAUAUGGCGGUUUUCCGGCUUUACUGGCGGUUGAAUAUUUCAGGUGCACCUCCAUGCUUGACUUAAGGCAAAAGCUGACAUUGCGUAAGUAUGCGCCCCAGAGUAAAACAGUAGAAACCACCAACAUUACAUAAGACACUCGGAUAGAUUCCUCACUUGAAAGAAUAUAAUGUCUCUGGUGAACAAUAUUUAUGACACGCUUAAUUGUGAUGAAUAAAUAAGUACGUCAGUACACUCUUAAGCAUACCGAUCUCCUCAUUCAUUCAAAUGUUCAUCAAAGUAUGAUAUUAGGUUCUGUAAUAUAUGAAUAUCUAAUAAACUGUAAAGAAUGUUGUUAUUCGUAUGACAAACAUUGUUGUAAGCUUUUAAUUAUAGAAACAAUGGGAUUGUAAAUUUAUUAAUGACAUUAUUUCGAUUCUGUACUCGAAUCGCGCUCGACCGUUCUGAAAAA